CUCUAGUGUCGACCCUCGCCAAGAACCCGCCGCCGCCGCCACUUACAAGAGUCUCGAGGUCUCCGGCGUCCACCGAAGCAGCGGCACGAUGAAGCGCCUGUUCAGACGGCUCUCCCGCGUGGCCGCAGCCGACGCCUGCGCUGCCGCCGCCUACAAGCCGCUCCGGCCCGACGCUGCCGCGAAGGCCUCCUCCACGGCAGCUUCGUCGUCGUCCUCCUCGUUCUUCGGCGCGCGGAGGCUCGGCCGGGGCUCGCGGGUGCCGGAGGGGCACGUGCCGGUGUGCGUCGGCGAGGAGGGUGGCCCCAUCGAGCGCUUCGCCGUGCGGGCCGAGCUCCUGGGCCAGCCGGCGUUCAAGGCCCUGCUCCGGCGCGCCGCGCAGGAGUACGGCUACGGCCACCCUGGCGCACUCCGCAUCCCCUGCGCCGUGGCCAACUUCCGCCGCCUCCUCCUCGGCCUCUCCGACCUCGGCUGCCAGGCAACCGACGACGACGACGCCGCGCUCUACUACUAGCCAAGCCCUUCUUGCCCGUUUAACCCUCCUCGCUCGGCUGACAUGCCGGGCGUGACAGGAAAUUUGCUCCUGGCAAAGGCAAACCGGUGAACCACAGAACCAGCAGAGCAAAUUGCCAGCUGCUGCGUUCUGCCAGAUCUGCCCCUGCGUGGACGCUGUACAUAGGGAGUUUGGGGAGGGUAGGACGGGGAUUCCGCCGCAUUUUCUACUGCAGCUCAACAAUUUUAGGACCUGCUGUCUUGUGGGAAUUCUCCUUCUUUUUCUGAGUGUUCUUGUAGCUAGCUCAAGAUCAAGCUCUGGUAGCUGCAAUGGAGCUUCUUCCUCUUCUUUUGCUGGGGAUUUUGAGGUCUUGAUAACACAUCAUGUAAGCCGCAAGGCUGUGAAAUGGAUGAUUUUGCUACUGCAAAA